AUGACCGACACCAUGACAGAGACAGAGCCACUAUUGGGCUCACAUGCCACCAAGCCAGCGAAGCAUCCAAAGAAACUACUGAUCUGUGUCGUGUGCACGAUAUUCUUGCUAUCGGCUGAUUUCGGAUUCUUCAUGUCCUCCGCUCCACAACUCGCAGUAUAUGAGGACAUUAUCUGUCGAAACUACCAGGCCACUCUUCACGGGGCGGGAAAUGAGACUCUGACUCCGCCAGUGUCCAACCCGUGUAAAUCAGAGGCUGUACAAGGAGAACUGGCACUCGUCAUUGGGUACCAGAAUACAUUCGAUGUGAUCCCUGGUCUUGUACUCUCGCUGCCAUACGGCGUUCUCUCGGAUCAUUGGGGGCGGAGGCCUAUCAUUUAUCUUAGCAUGGUGGGCAUUCUCCUCGGGGAGAUCUGGGUUCGGAUAGUUUGUCUGUGGUCUAGCGUCAUUCCCAUACGGAUGGUCUGGCUGUCUUCUGUGUUUAAAAUCAUUGGUGGUGGCGACCAAGUCCUCACGGCCAUUGCCAUGGUCAUAGUGGCCGAGGUCUUCUCCGAAGAUGAGAGAGCAACUGCGCUCUUCCGUUUACAAUCUUGUGUCCAAAUCGCAGAGAUUCUGGCCACUCCGCUCAGUGCUUAUCUGAUGAGUUUCGGUCCAAUGUUUCCGUACCUUCUAUCAAUAUGUAUCAUCAUUGUGGGAUCUCUUCCAGCCUUGUUUCUGCCCGAGACUCUCAAACACACAAAAGAAAAUCGAGUCGAUCCAGAAAUCCCAGACCAGGACAGCGUAAGCGUGCAGUCCCAGCCUCCGGGCAAGCGGACAGUGGUACAGGAGAUCACCCGACAAGUUCGCGAGUUCAUACAGUCGACACGCUUCAUUUGGACUGAUUUCAAUAUCUGUUUAAUGGUAUUUGUGAUGCUUGUCACCAUGUUAAGUCGACAAAGCACAAACCUACUUCUACAAUAUGUGUCAAAGAAGUUUGACUGGAGUAUUAGUCGCGCCAGUCUCUUGAUCUCGCUGCGCGGGAUCUUUGCUCUCGUGACAUAUUUGCUUAUAAUGCCAACCCUGACAUUCUUAGUGGCCAAAUACCUAAACAUCCGUGGAAAGCAUAGCGAUCAUUUCUUUGGCAAAGGUACCGGCAUACUUUCAAUCAUUGGAUUCGCCGUUAUCUUUAUAGCCCCGACACCCGCUAUCUUGAUCAGUGGUCAGGUCAUCUUGUCAAUCGGCUCGGCGUUUAUGAUCAGCACACGCAGUAUGGCUACUUCACUCGUACAACCCGACCAUGCUGCCACCUUGUACUCGGCAAUUGGUAUUGCGCAGGGCGUGGGAACACUCAUUUCGGGUCCAUUGUUUGCCAAACUCUUCAAAUUAGGCAUGCACCUUGGACCUGCGUGGAUGGGACUGCCGUUCUUGCAAGCCUCUCUAUUUUUCGUUGUUGCUGUCAUCGCCCUUUGGCACAUUCGACUUGGACCGUCUCCGCGAGCCAAUGAUGAGGAACAGGAACAGGAACCUUUGUUGUCUUAA